GUGACAAUCACACGAUGAUUUUUCUCAACUAAUCACAAAGACAUCGGCACCCUAUACUUAGUAUUUGGUGCUUGAGCCGGAAUAGUCGGCACUGCACUCAGCCUAUUAAUUCGAGCAGAACUAAGUCAGCCAGGAGCUUUACUAGGGGAUGAUCAAAUCUAUAAUGUUAUCGUAACUGCCCAUGCUUUCGUAAUAAUUUUUUUUAUAGUAAUACCAAUUAUGAUCGGAGGUUUUGGUAAUUGAUUAGUUCCUUUAAUAAUUGGAGCGCCUGAUAUAGCCUUCCCUCGGAUAAACAAUAUGAGUUUUUGAUUAUUACCACCUUCUUUCCUCCUUCUCCUUGCCUCAUCAGGAGUAGAAGCCGGUGCAGGAACAGGUUGAACUGUUUACCCCCCAUUAGCAGGCAACCUAGCACAUGCUGGAGCUUCAGUAGACUUAACAAUUUUCUCCCUCCAUCUAGCAGGUGUUUCGUCAAUCCUCGGAGCUAUUAACUUUAUUACCACUAUUAUUAAUAUAAAACCCCCAUCAAUUUCACAAUAUCAAACACCACUGUUUGUAUGAGCAGUCUUAGUAACUGCAGUUCUACUCUUACUAUCCCUGCCUGUAUUAGCAGCUGGUAUUACUAUACUUUUAACAGAUCGGAAUUUAAACACAACAUUCUUUGACCCUUCUGGAGGAGGAGAUCCUAUUCUCUAUCAACACUUAUUCUGAUUCUUUGGACAUCCUGAAGUAUAUAUUCUCAUCCUCCCAGGUUUUGGUAUAAUCUCGCAUAUUGUAGCUUAUUAUUCUGGUAAAAAAGAACCUUUUGGUUAUAUAGGUAUGGUUUGAGCAAUAAUAGCAAUCGGACUUCUAGGAUUUAUCGUCUGAGCUCACCAUAUAUUUACUGUAGGAAUGGAUGUAGACACCCGAGCAUAUUUUACCUCAGCAACAAUAAUUAUUGCCAUCCCCACAGGUGUAAAAGUAUUUAGCUGACUUGCCACAUUACACGGAGGCUCUAUUAAAUGAGAAACUCCUCUAUUAUGAGCUUUAGGCUUUAUUUUUUUAUUCACUGUUGGAGGGUUAACAGGUAUUGUGUUAGCAAACUCCUCAUUAGAUAUUGUUUUACAUGAUACUUAUUACGUAGUUGCCCAUUUCCAUUAUGUAUUAUCAAUAGGUGCUGUAUUUGCAAUUAUAGCAGGAUUUGUGCACUGGUUCCCCCUAUUUACAGGCUACACACUACACAGCUCUUGAACCAAAAUUCACUUUGGCGUAAUGUUUGCAGGUGUUAACCUAACAUUUUUUCCUCAACAUUUUUUAGGGUUAGCCGGUAUACCCCGACGAUACUCUGAUUAUCCAGAUGCAUAUUCACUAUGAAAUACUAUUUCCUCUAUUGGGUCUCUUGUAUCCCUAAUCGCCGUAAUUAUAUUUUUAUUUAUUAUUUGAGAAGCAUUUGCUGCUAAACGAGAAGUCCUUAUAGUCGAAUUAGCUUCAACAAACAUUGAAUGGUUACAUGGAUGUCCCCCACCCUACCACACAUUUGAAGAACCUGCUUUUGUUCAAGUACAAACAAAUAACUAA